CCCAAACUUCUUUUUUUUCCUUCUCUUUCUCUCUCUCGUUUUUUUUUCCUCUUUUAUUUUAAACUUCUCUCUGCUCCAUCUUAAAUUCGCAAUGGGCAUUUUCUCGAACGGUCGUUCCACUUCUACAGAUUCACUUGACAAGUCUCCGAGUGUCAGUGAUGUCGACACCUUAUCGGUCAAGCACGCCGAGCCGGGCACAGGCGGACAGUUUAAAGAAUUCAUAAAGCAGGUCAUUAGCUUCACUGGCGAUCUCUCGUCAUUGACCUGUCCUGCUUUUUUCUUGAAUGGUUUGUCGCUACUCGAGUAUGGCUCGUAUUGGGGCGAUCAUCCUUCAUGUUUCACUGCUAUUAGUUCUGCUUCUGACCCAGCAGAACGUAUGCUUGCGGUGUCACGUUGGUUCAUGUCGACCCUUUGGGGCAGUUAUGCAUCACGGUGUACAGGCGGUAAAACCGAAAAGAAACCCUACAACCCCAUUCUCGGUGAGCAGUUCCACUGCAAGCUUGGUGAUGUUGAAUGUGUUUGCGAACAAGUGUGUCACCAUCCUCCAAUUUCUGCGUUUUAUCUUCAAGAUGAUAAAAGCGGUGUAUCUUUGAAUGGACAUAGUGGCCAGAAAUCUCGGUUUAAGGGCACUAGCAUUAAGACUGAGCAAGUUGGCCGUGCCGUCUUGUAUGUUAAGGAAUGGGACGAGCAGUACAUGAUUGACUUUCCGGAUCUGAUGAUCAGAGGUUUCUUGACGGGCGCAGCAUAUCUUGAACUAGCGGGUGUAUGCACAAUUGCGUGCUCGUCCAAAAAAACCAACACGCGCAUCGAAUUCGUGCCCAAGCCCUGGUUUGGUGGCGAACACAACCAUAUCAAGGGAUCGAUUACAUGCGAUGGCGAAGAUGUUUACACUUUGUCGGGACGAUGGAGCCACAAGUCUUAUUACACCAAGAAGGGCAGCGAGAACAAGGAGCUGCUUUUCGAUGCUGAAGCAGAGCCCAUGGCGAAACGAGUCACUGCACCAGUCGAGGAGCAGCAGCAGAUCGAAUCGCAUCGCUUGUGGGGCCCUGUCACCGAAGCUCUGCAGACGAAAAAUUACUCUGUCGCCAAUGCUGAAAAAACAAAGAUUGAAGAUUGGCAGCGCAGUGUUCGCAAAGAACGGGCCGAAAAGGGUGAAGUGUGGGCUCCCAAGUUAUUCAAGUUUGUUCGAGAUGAAUCUGCGGACGACACAUACACCAAGCGCAACGUUGAGAUGUUGCAGGAUAUGAAGCGCAGAAAUCUGUUGGAUGAGGGUGCAUGGACAUACAACAACUCACUCCAUGAUCGCAAGGACUAAGCAUUUAUACACACAGCAUUAGCACUCUCACACGACAUACACAUACUUACUCCAUUUACUCAAAACCUAGCGCAACUUCUACAUACCAACUGUAAAACUUUGUACCAACCCCACCUACCCCCUACAUCACGUAACAACAAAGCAAAUACAACAUCACACUACCUUUCUUCCCACUUUUACUAUCACCAUCUCCUUUUCUAAUCUAAUAUUAUCGUUGCUUGAUCGGGCUUCUUUUUCUCCUCCCCCCCUUUUUUUUUUCCUUUCUUUCUUAGAGCUCUAAUUUCCGUAUAAUAAACAAAGAACCAGUUUUUUAAUCGUUUUCA